AUGAGCUCAAGGGUCCCUGCAAAGCUGUACAGAAGUGCCAUAUACGCCUCCCAGUUUGUCCUUUCAGUGGAGAACGUUGAUCGCAUAUCGGAGUCGUUGCCAAAGCUGCUGUCCAGUCUCAACAUAACCAAUGAAUCGCUGCGCAUAAAUAUCAUCGAAUCCACACGGAACUUCAUCAAUGACUUCCGGUUCCUCUAUGCCACCCUUACGGAGCAGGCACAGAUCAACACAAGAACUUCCAGGCUGUUCAUACGCCAUUUCGUUGUUAUCUUUGGUGUUUUGGCAUCAGGGGUUGCGUACAGGAAGUUAUUCACGCAUUGGAGAACUCCCUUGAAGUCUGCUGUGACGUUGGCGGAGCUGAAGCCGUCUGCGCUCUCUGCCACAUCAGUGUCGUUGCUGUUGACAACCUUGCCGCUGUUCAGAUCACAGGUGAAGAACGAUACGCUGAGCUCGCUGCUUCACUCGCUCGUGUCCUUGUCAAUCCUUCCAGAAGGGUACCCUAAGGAUUAUGCCACGGUCUACACUGCUGUCCAAAGCAUUGAUCAACAGUUGAGACCAUUGGGAUUGGGGCGCUACUACUGGCUACUGCUUCCGCUGUCCUUCUCUGAAAUCGUCAAGCUAUUGACGGUGUCCCCUGAUUACGUCCCAAACCUGUACAAGAAGGUGCUCGGGUAUCUCUACUCAGGGUUUGUUGAAAAGAAGCCAAUAUACUACUUGCAAGAUUGGCCUAAACCUCUAGAGUUCUUUGUCAACCUACACCAAGCAACAAGGGUGAACAAGACUUUGCUCUACAGAGAAAUCACAUUGACAAACGUCAAUCCAUCCCAUACAAACGCAAAGCUCAGCGUUCUCAAUCCUUCAAAUGCAAGUUUGAAGAACAUUCUACUGACCAAAUCACCACGGAAGUUGGCAGAGCUACUCGUCAUAACCCUUCCUGUCUUCACCCUGAUCAAUUAUCUGAAGUCUAAAUGGUCGAACGAUCCGGAGGAGAAGUUCGAAUGGAGGGCAACGCUACAAAAGAGUUUGAAGUCUUCUUUCAAGCUCUCCCUCACGACUCUGCUGACCAUCAUCACCUCAUAUUCACUUCUUAUCACCAAAUUGCCAACCCGUCUAAAUGGAUUCAUCUCUGGGUUAUGGUUUUACAUCUACAGGGAUACAAUGUCGCCUUAUUUUGCUACGCUUGUCGCAAGAAUCGCCCUAUUGGCUACGUUCAGACAGCAUAGAGAUAGGUUGGCUAAACACGGCUACUGGGGAUCACUGGCUGGAUCCUCCAGUGCCACUGUUGUCGGUGCCCUGAGUCUUCUGAAGUUGUACAAGUUGGAUUCCAACAACCAGCUUUUCGGAAGAAUGUGGCAAUACGUUCAAUAUAUCAAACGUGGAGGUGAACAGCAUUGA